GCUCCCAAAGGUUUCUGCUCUGUCCGCGUCUGCAAGUCCUUUGCCCCUCAUCAACACAAUUUUCGUCUAUUACGCAGCUUAAUUUUCUUAUUAAUUUAAAACUUUAUUUUUGUGUGCGAUGAAAAAGCGUGCAGAGAACAAAGUUGCUGAGGUGUCUGAACACAUGGCCCAGUCGUCACCAGGCGAAUCGUCAACAAGCUCUGAGCCGGAUAACAAUGAUUCGAGCCUUGGCAGCCUUGGUAAUCAGGGCAGCAUGAGCGGAGCAGGACAGCAGCUUCGCCAGCAUCCGCAACGCGCUGCCCCGGCAGCGCCAUUGUUUUCGAGUUCUUCGCGCUUUACCUCGAACAGCACCACGGGCAACUCUUCGCAGCUGCUGAGUUCUGCCAGCUCAGCCAGCUGUAACGAGCUUUUUCAGAGUGGCCAAUUUUUGAACACCCCGAGCACCGCCAGCACCGCCUCGUCAAGCACCCCGAGCACUGGAAGCACUGUUCGCUCCGUCAUCAGGUUUGGCGCGUCAAAAGCUGGGCCAAACACAGAAAUGGAACCUUUAGUUUGCCCAGAGUGCCACAUGAAAAUGUAUACAAAAGCCAAGCUAAAAUCGCACAUGGCCAGAUGGCACAACAACUCUCCAGCGGACAACUUGUGUUCUUCAAGUUCCUUGGCCCAGUGAUGUUUCAGCGGUGCAUUUAUACCAACAUCCACAGGUUGCAAAAUAUGAGUUUUGCGUUUGCCAGGAAGCAAAUAACAACAAUCCCAUGGUUCUCACAGAAUUUGGAAAAUUCUACAUCAAGAUGUGCUGUAUAUCCAUCAAGAAAUAGCAAAACUUUCUGCUCAUCUCCUUCUUCAUCCAAAAUUCCGAGGGUAACGAGCGUUUGAUGCAAAAUUUUACCGUACUCUAGCAUUGUCACACCAGUCAUCCAUCCCGACUCGGAUUUAGCAUAAUACCAUCCAUUCGGGCACGUAUCUUGUACCUAAUGCGAGCAUUGGAAAACAUAAAUAACUUUGAAUUCCAUCUUCAUUUUGAAUAUAUAUUAUUUUAAGCCUUUUCAGUUUCAUUUUACUAAAAAAAAAUAUUACAAAAAUA